AUGAUAAAAGAAGGCAAGACCAACCUCUUCUAUGGGGAAGCAUCUCUAAGGUCCUUGGAGCCGCCGUUCACCAGAGAAGUGAUGGAGGUCCCACUGCCAAGCAGAUUCAAGAUGCCCACUUUUGAAAGGUACAAAGGUCUCUCCGAUCCAAUCGACCACUUAUAUACCUUCGGGGUGUUGAUGCAGCUGCAAGGCACUUUUGAUGUCAUUAUGUGCCAAGCUUUUGCAGCAACCCUUAAAGGUAGUGUUAGAGAUUGGUACCGGACCCUACGACCUGAAUCGAUUGGCUCCUUCUUGGAGAUGGUAGAGUUGUUCACUAACCACUUCCUCAGCAGUCGGAGGAUCAUUAAAACAAUAGCCCACCUAAUGAUCAUGGUCCAGGGAGAGAGGGAGAUGCUAAAGAAAUUCGUGCAUCACUUCAAUGCCGCGACCCUAGAGAUCCACAACCUAAACAUGGGAGUGGUUUUGGAAACUCUGACCACAACCCUUCAACCCGGAAGCUUCCUAUACUCCUUAGGGAAGAAGCCUCCAGUUGACAUGGGAGAAUUGAUGGCCCGAGCACAAAAUUAUAUCAACCUGGAAGAAAUGAUCGACACUAGGAGAAAUCGCAUUGAGCUGAAAAGAAAAAGUAAUAGUCGGGAAACAGGAGAAUCCUCUAGAUCUAUGAAGAGACAGGAGACUAGUAUGCUGCUCACCAGCCCUAAGGUGAGGGGGCAAUCCAGUAAGUUCCCCACCUAUACACCCCUAAAUGUAUCGCGUUCUGAAGUACUGAUGCAGAUAUGGAAGAAGGACUAUGUCUCGUGGCCUGAACCUAUGCGAACCCUUUUACAUAAACGAAACAUGUCCAAGUUUUGUCAAUUCCACAGGGAUCAUGAGCACAACACAGAGGAAUGUAUUCAGUUGAAGAAUGAGAUCGAAGCCUUGAUAAAAAUGGGAUACCUGUCAAGGUUUAUAAAGAAAGAAGAUCCACAAAGGGAACCUCACGAGCAAAGGAGACCCAAUGCGAAUGAGAAGGAAGAACGGGUCAUAGGUUCGGGCUGUAACAUCGACAUACCACCUCAAGAUGAAAUUCCCUACGCCAAACGGGACAGGGGUGGUCAAGGGAGAUCAAACAGCAGCUCGAAACUGCUACGUAAUGGCACUGAAAGGGAAGAUGAAGGCAAGAGAAACCUUAACUGUGGAAGAAUUAGAAGUAAGGGGGAAUACCCCCAAAUUAGCACAGUGGAUGAAGACAUCGCGAGCGUACCUCUAAAUGGCCACCAAAAGAGAUGCAUACAGAUCAGGAGCCGCCUACCUGACACCUUGAGAGCCGAGCUAAGAGACCUGCUGAAUGAAUUUGCGAACAUGUUCACCUGA